UCUAUUAAGCAAAGAAAUGGCUGAAUCUGCAGCGAGUCAGUAUGAGGAUCAGUUCAGUUGUUCAGUCUGUUUGGAUCGGCUGAAGGAGCCGGUGACGAUUCCCUGUGGACACAGUUACUGUAUGAGCUGUAUUACUGACUGCUGGGAGCAGAAGGAGCAGGAGCCGCCGUACCGCUGUCCCCAAUGCAGAGAGAGCUUCAGUCAGAGACCUCUACUGAAGAAGAACACUCUGAUAGCUGAGAUGAUGGAGACGCUGCAGAAGACGUCCCUACAAACGGCUGCUGUGGAGUGUGAUGUUUGCACUACAGAGAAGAACAGAGCUGUAAAGUCCUGUCUGCAGUGCUUGGCCUCCUUCUGUGAAACUCACCUGCAGACUCACUAUCAAUCUCCUGCGUUUAUGAAGCACAAACUAGUUGAUGCCUCCAGAAACAUUCAGGAGAACAUCUGCAUCAGUCAUGGGAAACCUCUGGAUAUUUACUGUCAGUAUGAUCAUCAAUGCAUUUGUUAUUUGUGUAUGAUUGAUAAUCAUCAUGGCCACAGAGUGGUGUCUGUGGAUUCAGAAUGGACUAGUAAAAAGAAAGAGUUAAAGGAGAUAAAGGAGGCGUGUCAAAAGCUGAUCCAGGAACGUGAGAGAGGUCAGCAGGAACUCAGUGAAGCUGUGAAGCUCUUUAAGAGUUCAGCACAAGAGGCUGUGGAGAACAUUGAGAAGGUCUUCACUGAGCUCAUCUGCUCUCUGGAGAAGAAACACUCUGAGAUUAAAGAGCAGAUCAGAGCUCAGGAGAAGACUGAGAUAGAUCGAGCAGAGGAACUUCACAAACAUCUGGAUCAAGAGCUGACAGAACUCAGAAAAAGACAAACAGAGAUUGAGAAACUUCUGAUUAGUGAUGAUCAGAUCCACUGUCUGAAAAGCUGUCAGUCUGUGUGUGUUUUACCCAAAUUUGAAGACGUUCCCAGCAUCACUCAACACACUCAUCUGUCUUUUAAAGACAUUUCAAUCUCAGCAUUCAGAGAGGUUUUGGAGGAUGCCUGUCAACAGCAAACAGACAGAAUUUUUCGAGAAGUGUCAAAUGUUCAUGUUGCACAAACUCCAGAGCCAACAACUCCAAAUGCAUUUUGGCAAUAUUUCUGUGAACUGAAACUGGAUCCAAACACUCCAAAUAAAGAACUCAAACUGUCAGAAGACAAAAGGAAAAUAUUAUAUACAUAUGAAGCCCAGAAAUAUCCUGAUCACCCAGAGCAAUUUGAUAUGUUUCCCUACAUCAUGUGUAGAGAGGGUUUGUACGGUCGCUGUUACUGGGAGGUUGAGUGCAGUGGGAAAAACUGGGCAGUAGCAGUUUGUUACAAAGGAAUUGGUCGUAAAGAAAACAGUGAUGACUGUGUACUUGGCUUGAACAAAAUUUCCUGGAGAUUGGGCUAUUUUCUGCAGAAUUUCUGUUUCUUACAUGAUAAAGCACAGGUCCGUAUCCCUCCUGCCUCUAGAAUAGGAGUGUAUCUGGAUCACAGAGCGGGAACUCUGUCCUUCUACAGGAUCUCUAAAACAAUGACUCUUUUACACAGAGUCCAAACCACAUUCACUGAACCACUCUACCCUGCAUUUAUAGCUGGAGUGAAUUCUUCUGUCAGGAUCAUAGAGCAGAGGAGAAUUUGUAAGACCAGAAAUAAAUAUGUUUGAUUGAGUUUCUAGAGUUAUUGCUAAACUCCUGAAAUAUGUCUAGCAUCUAAAAGUGUUGAUCUUCAGUAAUAUUUAUUUUCUGUAUCUCAUAAUAAUCCAACAAGUAACAAAGAUUGGAAAUUAAUUGGAAAAUAAUUGGCCAUGGAUCCUAUAUACUGUUCACAGGUCACAGUGUUGACAAACUAUUAUGCUAUAUAUAAUUAUGUUAAAUUACUAUAUACUUCUAUUAUACUUUCUUCACAGUUUGGAAAACUUGACUGAGUUGACUGCAGGAUUUAGAUUUUUACUUUGGUUAAGUACAUGUAAAUAAUGUAAUGUGUAAUUUCAGUAAAAUAAAGAAAAAAAUCACAUAAAAUACCAUUUCAGUGAUCAUCUGGUUAAUUUCAAAUGGGAAACGUGAUUGCUUUAUGAUAUACUUUGUCUCAAGUAUCUGUG